AUGUUACCGGCGCGGCUCGCGCGACACAGUUGCUGCUUGUUUUCCCAAGCUUCCUGUUCGAAUUUCGUGAGAUCUUAUCUAUAUUCUUCUCGAUUUUUAGCGUUUCCUUUUCUAGAUUAAAAUGUGAUUUUUAUAAUGACACCGGAAUUUCAUGUCCCUGAAGAGGUGAGUUCAUUUUAAGGUACAACAAAAACGCGAUAUCAGCGCUCUUCCUGCCUUGAAGCUCUACAGUUUACGGAGGCAUUUGGCUGAGCGACUUUCCAAUAAGUUUCGCGAAAAAACUGGACAAAAUAAAAAAGUUUCGUUCAGGCACAAUGAAAAAAGAGUACGAGAGGUAGGACCAGACUUGGCCUGUUUGGAAUGGCUCAUGAACUGCGGCGCUACCAAGGUCCUAUUUCCCAAUCUCAUGAACAUUUUGAGAGAUGAAGUUUUCAGUUUAUCAUUUUUCACACAAUUCCAUCCGUAAACCAAAGUUCGAUAGAUAACUCGUGCUAAUUGAAUAAUGCCUGAUGGUGGAUGAAAAUUUAAUUGCUACCGCUUUUUUGGAUUGCGUUUCUGACCCGCGUUAGUGGUUUGAUCUCGCAUCUUUUGCAAAUUUGAUUGCAAACUUUUUUUCAUGUCACAUGCCUUUCUGAAUCAGAAAUAUCCCACUGAAUUAUCGAGAAUAAUCUAAUUUCAAAUAAUAAAUGGAGCGAAAGUUUUUUUCAGGUUUUAAUGAGCGAUUCCCAAGUGAUUACCUCGAUUCGACAAAUGAAAGAAUACCUUCCACACGCAAGAAAUUCAAAGGUGACGUAAAAGUUCCGUUUCAAAAAAAUAAAGAACUAUUAUUAUUUUUUUACUACUUUUGUUAGUAAUGACGGAUAACUUUCUGGUUGGAUGCACUGAAAAUUUGGAAAGUUCUUUUCGCUUGAAGAGUUAUUGAUGAUUUAAAAGUGUUAAAUGCAGAUAUAGUCUCGCGUAGUUUAAUCUUUCAAACUUCAAAACUUUUUUUUGCUUCAAUCAUUAGUGGUCUAGGUUUGCUAACGUUGAAGUUUGAAGGAAAGCAUUCAGAAAAAGAGAAAAAAAAAACUAAAUCGAGUUUUUACUCAUCUUUAGAACAUUAGUGAGCUCUUUUUUUUGUCAGUUUGUGGAUUUGAGGUAUCAAUGUUCGUCUUACUUUUCUCGUGAAUAUUACUCUGAAAAUCACGUCGAACUGAAUUUUUCGAAGUCAUAGAAAACAAUAAGAAGACGGAUAUUGUGAAAAAAAGAUUGGAAUGCUUUGUAGAAAAUAUUACUCAAUUCACAAAUUAAUCGUGAACUGACGAUUGAAAUUAAAAUUAUUUGAAGUCAGGAACGGAAGUUGUUUUUGUAAACGGUGAAAAUAUUAUUAUCUUGGAGAGAUUUGAAAAAAAAAAAUCUGAAAUUUUCCGCUGAAAAUUAAAUUUCGGAAUCCGUUGGAUUCGUAAUGAAAAGUUUCACGAACCUAAUUUUUCCUGUAAACGUAAUAAUAAAUGUUUUUCAGCGGGAAGUUUUAAAUAUCUAUGUAUGUGAUAAUCUGCCAAUUAACCUUUCUUACUGAGCGAACGGCAUUCGUUAUUGAUCUCAUUUUUCAGGAAGAACCGACGGAGCUCCUUUCUGGCGACCUCGCCUACGAGAAACAGUGGCCCGACGCACCGCGGGUCCAUAUUGUCGAAGUAAUUUUCUCUUUUAUUUUAAGAGAAAAAGGCGAAUUCAGGUGGACGCGAGCGACUCGGCUAUCGCCAACGAAGGCUUCACUUAUUUCCGAGACGUUCGCCGGUUAAAAACCCUCAAACUCAACUUUUGCGAUUUUUUCGGCGACGAGGCUUUGAGGUUCUUGGCGAUGGGCCGUCCAGCGCAGACCUUAGAAGAAAUUGUCAGUUUUUUAUUCACUCGUUCAAGUUCAGAAAGUUAUGUCAGUUGGUAAAAUUUUAUUGCUAAAUUGAUUACUUCAAAAAUUAUCCUGUUAACGAGGUUCCAUUUUACAGUUUCCCAUCUCCUCGAAACUCGAGAGUUAGGCCUUUUUUGAAAGUCUUGACUUGAAGUUGAUUUUCAUUCAUUUACACAACCAUGACUGAAGAAGCAGAUUGCAGGAAAUAGUUCUGAACCCGUGUGUGACGGACGGCGCCGUCUACUGGCUGCAGAGGCUCAAAGCGCUCAAAAGGUAAUUUUUCCGCGAAACCCAAUCAUUUCUUUUUGCAGCCCCUUCAUUCUUGAAUACCUUUUUCAUGGUUUCCAGGGCUCACUUCUAUUUCCUGCCUUAUGUGGCGAAUCGUCAGGCGUUCCUUCGCCAAUUGAGGAUCGCCUUGCCUCGAAGCAACGUCUCGUUUCCAGAGGUCGAAGAAGUCGGCUUCGGAUACGAAGAAAAGAAAAAAUAG